AUGGGAAAUUGUUUUGUAUCAAAACCAAAAAAAGAAAUCUAGUCUGAGGAUUAAAGCCCUGGAAAGGAAGCUUUGAACUUAUUUAAAUAGAAGUAAAAAUUAAAGGAGGAUACUAUCACUGAGCAAGUAAAGAAUGGAGGGACGAUGUUAAAAUAAGAUUCUAAACAUGCAUCAGACGUUAUUCAAGGCUAAGAAGAUGUAAGCAUUUUUCAUUUACAUAAUAGCACAUCAAAUAAAGAAAUGAAAAAAAGAAUAAGAAGUUUGUGAAUGGGAUCUUGUAGAAAGAUGAAUUUGUAGAGAAUGUAGAAAAAAUAGAGAAGGAUAAGAAGCCUCAUGAUUAUUAGGUUAUUUUGAAUGCUCUUGGUUAACACUAUUUCUUUGCCCAUAUAAGUGAUUAGCAUAAGUAAUUAUUUAAUUAUGAGCCAAGAGAAGACAUAGUAAUGAAAAUGUUUUACUGCAGAGUUGCUGGCAAUGAAUUUGUAUUUUAGCAAAAUGAUCAAGCAAGUGCCUAUUUUAUAAUUGACCAAGGAGUAUGCGAAAUAAUUAUAAAUGGAGAAGUAAAAAAAUAACUCUCUACUGGAGAAGGCUUUGGAGAAUUGGCAUUAUUGUAUGGAGCUCCUCGUUCUGCUUCAGUUAAGACUAAAGACGGUAUGUAAUUACAUUGAAUUUAGAGUGUUUUUUUUGGUGUAUUGACAGAGGCACUUUUAGAGCAGCAGUAGAAGAACUAGUUUAAAAAGAAUAUGAUGAAAAUAGAAAGUUUAUUGAUUCGAUUAAAUUUUUUGAAUGGAUGACAGUUGAUUAGAAGGAUAUGAUAGCAGGAGCGAUAAUUACAUAAUAAUUUAAGAAAGGUUAAGCCAUUGUGAAUGAAGGAGAUAUGGCUAGUUCCUAUUUCAUAAUCAAGUCAGGAAUGGUUAAAAUAAUGAAAGGAGGCAAUGAAUUGAGAUAGAUGUCUGCAGGAGAUUCAUUUGGGGAAUAGGCUCUCUAUCAAAACUCGGUGAGAGGAGCAUCAGUGAUUGCAGUAGAUGAAAAUGUUUGUUGUUUAGCUAUUGGAAGAGAAACAAUUACUAAAAUCUUAGGAGAUAAGAUAUAGGUGAUAAUGUACAACAACCUUUUGAGAUGGAGUUUUGAAAAGAAUCAAUUGCUCUGUAAAUUAACCAAAAUUCAAAUUGAAAAGAUUGUGACUAAGAUUUAGACAGUAAAUUAUGAGGCAAAUCAAAAGAUCUACACAGCGGAUUAGAAAUGCGAUAAAUUGGUUAUAGUAUUAGAAGGAAAGUUAUGCAAUGUAAGUAUUUUAAAUAUUGAAAAUUAAGAAAGAAAAAGAGAUAGCCACAAAAGGAUAAAUGGUUGGGGAUCAAUUUUUACCUAAAAAAAAUAGAGAUAAAUUGGUUCCUUAUGAUAUAUUCUUGAAAGAAGGAGGAAAGGUGGCAUAAAUACCAUUUGAUGUAUUUUUAGAAUGUAUAGGAGGUGAAUUAGAUUAAGUGAUUCAAAAAAACGAAAAUAAUCAUGAGGUUAAAUAUAUGUAGAAGUAAAUCUCAAAACAGCAAGUCGAUUAUUUAAUCUUGGAUGAUAUGAUUCAUAUAAAGAAAUUAGGAUAAGGGUAGUUUGGUUCGGUUUAUUUGUGCAAAAAUAAAAAGGAUGGCAAAUUGUAUGCUUUGAAAUGCAUCAUAAAAAAUUAGAUAGUAGAAUAGCAUCUAGAAAAUCAUCUAACUCAAGAGAAAACUGUUCUUGAACAAGUCUAAUUUCCAUUAAUGAUGAGAUUUUACAAAUCAAUGAAGGAUGAUAAUUUUAUUUACUUCUUAAUUGAAUACAUAAAGGGUUUGGAAUUAUUCGAUGUGAUUAGAGAUAUCGGAUUGUUGAAUACUUAUGAUUCAUAAUUUUAUAUUGCUUCUUUGCUACUCUGCAUGGAAUAUCUGCAUACUCACCACAUUGUCUACAGAGAUAUUAAACCAGAGAAUGUGAUGGUAGAUCAUCAUGGAUACAUUCGUUUGAUUGAUAUGGGAACAGCCAAAAUUUUGAAAGGGAAGGGCCGCACAUUUACUAUUAUAGGUACUCCUCAUUACAUGGCUCCGGAAAUAUUAAAUGGAAAAGGUAUUAUAAUAGUAAUGCAUUAAGGUUAUUCAUAUUCAGUAGAUUUGUGGAGCAUUGGAAUUUGUCUUUAUGAAUUUAUGUGUGGAGGAGUUCCUUUUGCUGAGGAUGCAGAAGACCCAUAUGAAAUAUAUGAAGAAAUAACAAAGAAACAGAUUUCCUAUCCAAAUCAUCUUAAAGACAGAAAGGCUAAGAAAUUUAUUGAUUAAUUAUUAAAUAAGACUCCAGAAAUUCGUUUAGGAGGAAGUUACGCAGCUUUGAAAGCAAAUACUUGGUUUGAUGGAUUGGAUUGGGUAUAAGUGAUACUUAAUAAUUUAAUAGGAUAAACUAAUGGAUAAAGAGUUAAAGCCUCCAUAUAUUCCUCCUAAGGAUAGGUUAAUUGGGGAUAAGGAAAUAGUAACAAUUGAGAAGUAGAACAAGAUCAUAUAGAAUGAAAUCAAGAAUGUAAGUUAUGAAAUAAGGCUUAGGACCUGGGAGAUAAGAAUUUAUAUAAGAAAGAAUUAGCUAAGGAUCCUAAUUGGGAUGAUAAAUUUAAUUGA